AUGGGUGUGAAAGGCUUUGUGGAAGGAGGCAUUGCUUCGGUGAUCGCAGGGUCCUCCACCCACCCUCUUGAUCUCAUCAAGGUCCGAAUGCAGCUCCAAGGAGAGACCCCACCCUCCAACCUCCGACCCGCGCUCGCAUUCCACCGUAGUUCCGUCCAUGCACCGCCAGCCAAGGUGGGUCCCAUUGCCGUUGGCAUCAAAUUAGUCCAACAAGAAGGUGUGGCCGCGCUUUUCUCCGGCGUCUCCGCCACAAUCCUCCGCCAGCUUCUCUACUCCACCACCCGCAUGGGACUCUACGACAUGCUAAAAAAGAAAUGGUCUGAUCCGAACUCUACCAGUGGCACCAUGCCCCUAGCCUACAAGAUCACUGCAGGGCUAAUCGCCGGUGGAAUAGGCGCAGCCGUCGGAAACCCCGCCGAUGUGGCGAUGGUGCGCAUGCAAGCCGACGGAAGACUCCCUCCAGCUCAACGACGAAACUAUAAGUCCGUCGUUGAUGCCAUCACGAGAAUGGCAAAAGACGAAGGUGUCACUAGUCUAUGGCGUGGCUCAUCACUUACGGUGAACCGCGCUAUGAUAGUCACAGCCUCACAACUUGCCUCCUAUGACCAGUUCAAGGAGAUGAUUUUGGAAAAGGGCCUAAUGCGUGAUGGGCUUGGAACCCAUGUAAUGGCGAGUUUCUCGGCGGGGUUUGUGGCAGCGGUUAUGUCCAACCCCAUCGAUGUGAUCAAGACUAGGGUGAUGAACAUGAAGGUGGAACCCGGGGCGGCGCUGCCGUACUCCGGUGCACUUGAUUGUGCCUUGAAGACUGUGCGCGCUGAGGGUCCUAUGGCUCUUUACAAAGGCUUUGUUCCCACGAUCUCAAGACAGGGACCCUUCACGGUUGUGCUGUUCGUCACGUUGGAACGAGUUCGCAAGUUGCUUAAGGAUUUCUAA